AUGGAUGAGAUGAAUCACUCUAUGGUAUCAGAGUUUGUGUUCCUGGGACUUACCAAUUCAUGGGAGAACCAGCUUCUCCUUUUUGUCUUCUCCUUUUCAUUCUACUUUGCAAGUAUGAUGGGAAAUCUUGUCAUUGUGUUUACUGUAACCUUGGAUGCUCAUCUUCACUCCCCUAUGUAUUUGCUCCUGGGUAACCUCUCAAUCAUUGAUAUGCUAUUUUGCUCAAUCACAGCCCCUAAAAUGAUUUGUGAUGUUUUCAAGAAGCAUAAAGCCAUCUCCUUUUCGGGAUGUAUUACCCAGAUCUUCUUUAGCCAUGCUGUUGGGGGCACUGAGAUGGUUCUGCUCAUAGCCAUGGCCUUUGACAGGUAUGUGGCCAUAUGCAAACCUCUCCACUACCUGACCAUAAUGAGUCCAAGAAUGUGUCUGUUCUUUUUAGUCACUUCCUGGGCCAUUGGUGUUAUCCACUCAGUAGUCCAAUUGGUUUUUGUUGUGGAUUUGCCUUUUUGUGGCCCUAAUGUAUUGGACAGUUUUUACUGUGAUCUUCCCCGACUCCUCAGGCUUGCCUGCAUAGACACCCAAGACCUAGAGUUCAUGGUCACCGUCAAUAGUGGGCUCAUUUCAGUGGGCUCCUUUGUUUUGUUGGUCAUUUCUUACAUCUUCAUUCUGUUCACUGUUUGGAAACAUUCUUCCGGUGGUUCAUCCAAGGCCCUUUCCACACUAUCAGCUCAUAUUACUGUGGUGGUCUUGUUCUUUGGGCCAUUGAUGUUUUUCUACAUAUGGCCUUCUCCUACAUCACACCUGGAUAAGCAUCUUGCUAUUUUUGAUGCAUUCAUUACUCCUUUACUGAAUCCAGUCAUCUACACAUUCAGGAACAAAGAGAUGAAAGUGGCAAUGAAGAGACUGGGCAGUCACCUUGUGCAUUACGGGAAGAUUUUGUAA